UCCACAAAGAGCUCAGCGCUGAAUGAAGUGAAUCAGCCUCAGACUGCUAGAAUAGUAAGAACCUUUUCUCCCCGUCUCUGUCUCUCUCUCUCUCUCCGUCUGUCUCUUCAAUCCCAUCUCUCCUCCUCUCUCCAUUUCUCUUCUCACACACACACAGACAAUCGGCAUUAUAUACUGUCCGUCCAUCCAUCCAUCUGUCCAUCCAUCCAUCCCGGUGAGGGAACAGCUAGACAGGGGAAAGCAACAGAUCAUGUUCUCUGAAGCAGAUCCAGCACAGCUUUGAGACAUCAGCCUCUGAGAUGAGACUCCAUCCAUCCUAAUUUUCUGUCCUGAAGACCUGGAUAGAAACAAGAAGACUUUGCAGACACCAAAAGAACUCUGGACAUAAGGAUUCUCGAACCCAAACCAGGUCCACCGGGACUUACGAGGGUGCUUUGGCGUUUGUUUUUCUGUCUUGUACGGGGCUGGCGAAGGGGCCGGUGAAAGUUAGCCAAGACGCCGCGUGCCGUGCUCCGCGUGAAGAAUGCCCAGGCGCGCCUGCCCAAGCCGGCGGACACGGCGCCGGCACCUACGCCGGGCCUUUACAUGGAGCGCUCGCAGAGUCGCAUCAGCUUGUCCGCGUCUUUCGAGGCCCUGGCCAUCUACUUCCCCUGCAUGAACUCCUUCGAUGAGGACGAUGGCGACCCAGAGGGCCGCAGGUUAAAGGGCAUCCAGAGGAGUACAGAGACAGGGCUGGCCGUAGAGAUGCCCAGCCGUACGGUUCGGCAGGCGAGCCACGAGUCCAUAGAGGACAGCAUGAACAGCUACGGCUCGGAGGGAAAUCUGAACUACAGUGGAAUGUGUUUGGCAUCAGACGCCCAGUUUAGUGACUUUCUGGAUGGGAUGGGACCUGCUCAGUUCGUGGGCAGACAGACAUUAGCUACAACUUCAAUGGGAGAUGUUGAGAUCGGUCUGAUGGAGAGGAACGGACAGCUGGAGGUGGAGAUCAUUCAGGCUCGAGGACUCAUCAUGAAGCCUGGAUCUAAGGGCCCUCCAGCGGCCUACAUUAAAGUCUACCUUCUGGAAAACGGCAUCUGCAUUGCCAAAAAGAAGACGAAGUCUGUUCGGAAAUCAUUAGAUCCCCUUUACAAUCAAGUCCUUGUGUUUUCAGAGAGCCCGCAGGGAAAGGUUGUACAGGUCAUCGUUUGGGGAAACUACGGCCGGAUGGAUCGUAAAUGCUUCAUGGGCGUGGCCCGCAUCCUUUUGGAGGAGCUGGAUUUGACAAACAUGGUGAUUGGCUGGUACAAGCUUUUCCCCACCUCUUCCAUGGUGGAUCCCACGAUGGCGCCGCUGAUCCGCCACUCGUCGCAGCUCUCUCUGGAGAGCACCGUGGGGCCGUGCUGUGAACGCUCAUAAGACAUACAACUCCACUAGAUUUAUUUUUCUCUGGAAGGGCUCUCACAGCCCCCCGAUCCUAAGAGCGCUGGUUGUGCAUGACUGCUGCACCGGAACCCUCUGGAAUGUUCUAGAAUUUCUUCAGAACAAAAGACCUUUCUGCAAUAUUCCAGAAUUGAGGAAAUGCUCUUUUUCAGCCUCUGAGACAAAGAACGCAGACAAGACGUCUGGGCUUUAUUUAGCUUUCAACACAUUAGCUUGUAUGAGGAAACGUCCUCGAUUUAGAACCAACGUUUGUGCAGUCAUCACGUUGGAUGCUGCGACGGAUCGGAUGAAGCGGAUGGGUUCGUGCAAUAUGACGUACAAUAGAAAGAAGAAUGUAUCGGUAAUAAAAGUGCGGGUUUGCAUUCAUUUUCUGGUGUAAUUAACAAUACAGGAAUAGAUAUAUGUCUUAAAAAGAUUCAAUAUGUGUAGUUUUGAAAAGAGUCGAUGUUUGUAGUUCACGAUUUCGUUCGCACACGGAUCUUUUUCUGUUCGUGUCUCUUCCGUUUCGUCUUUCUCAUUACUGAACAGUGCCAAUGCUGCCAGCAAGUGGCUUUAUUUGUGGCUAGUGUCUAUAUUCAGUGACGACAAGCUUUAUGAAUCAAUAAUCUAAGCAGAAACAUAUUUUAAAAGACUAGUUUUCCCAAACUAUGACAAAUUCCAGAUGAGGAAUUUUUAAUGUCAUUUUACGUUUUCCCCACUAACAGUGUAUGGAAAAAAAAACGAUGCAAGAUGCUGAUGUAAAACAGAUUAUGACAUAAAUGUGAGUAAAUGAUACACAGAUGAGGUUUUUAAUGGUAGAAACCAAUGUGUAGAGAGCAGAGUGAUAUAAACAGACAUAUAUAAUACAAAUUUAUGAUAACAAAUGACUUGUACAUAAAAUUAAUGAAUAUACAUUUAAAUGAAAUAUUGAAAAAACAGCCAGCAGGCAGAAUGACCACUUGUGUAAAUCAAAAAAAAAAUUGUCAAAUAUUGGUCAAAUGAGUCGCCAUGGCCAAUAUUUAAGUCUGUAAUAUUAAAAGAUAAUUUAGUUUUGCACUUUAUAAUCUUAAAUGUCUUUCUUAUAAGCAACUUCUAGUUUGGCAUAAGCCAAAGGUCAUUUUCUUCUUUACAUUAUGAUAUUAUUUGUGACUUCGGGAUGCAGAAACUUUAGUAGCAAUGAUAAGGUUGUAGCAUUAGAUAGUAGCAUACGCAUGAAAGGCAUCUUAGUUUGCCACCAUCUAAUGAGAUUUUGCAUGGAAUCGAUUGAUAUGGGAUUACAGAACGUUUUGGCUGGCGGUCGAGCAAACAUGUAGCAGCGGACGAACAAACGAAUACUGUUACUAGGGGUCGACCGAUAUGUGCUUUUCAGUGCCGAUACCGAUUAUUACAGAUCAAGUAAACCGAUAACCGAUAUUUUUAACCGAUACAGAUAAGUCAAAACUUUACAUACACCUUGCAGAAUCAGCAAAAUGUUAAUUAUUUUACCAAAAUAAGAGGGAUCAUACAAAAUGCACGUUAUUUUUUAUUUAGUACUGACCUUAAUAAGAUAUUUCAGAUACAUUUCAGAUUAGAUAUGGUCCAUAAGAGAAAAUAAUAGUUGAAUUUUUAAAAUCGACCCUGUUUAAAAGUUUACAUACACUUGAUUCUUAAUACUGUUUUGUUACCUGAAUGAUCCACAGCUGUGUUUUUUUUUUUUUUUUUGUUUAGUGGUAGUUGUUCAAUUCUUUGGUUUUCAGCAUUUUUGUGCAUUUUACCCCUUUUUUCAACAAUGACUAUGAUUUUGAGAUCCAUCUUUUCACACUGAGGUCAACUGAGGGACUCAUAUGCAACUAUUACAGAAGGUUCAAACACUCACUGAUGCUCCAGAAGGAAACACAAAGCAUUAAGAGCCAGGGGGUGAAAACUUUUAAACAGGAUGAAGAUUCUACAUUUUUCUUAUUUUGCCUAAAUAUCAUAUUUUUUUCAUUUAUUACUGCUCUUAAGAAGCUACAGAAGAUACUUACAUGUUUCCCAGAAGACAUAAGUUAAAUUAACCCUGAUCUUCAAAUUCCAAAAGUUUUCACCCCCUGGCUCUUAAUGCAUUGUGUUUCCUUCAGGAGCAUCGGUGAGCGUUUGAACCUUCUGUAAUAGUUGCAUAUGAGUCCCUCAGUUGUCCUCAGGGGUAAAAAGAUGGAUCUCAUCAUACAGUCAAAAUCAUACAUACAAAAAGGCUGAAAAAUCAAAGAAUUUGUGGGACCUGAAGGAUUUUUCUGCAGUUUAACUGUUCAGGACAAAACAAGGGACUCAUGAACAAAUAUCACUAAACAAAAAAGAACAGCUGUGUCAGGUAACAACACAGUAUUAAGAAUCAAGUGUACGUAAACUUAUGAACGUGGUAAUUUUUCACGAUUAAUUAUGAUAUACUGUAAAUGUCUUUUAUGUGAAAUAUCUUAUUAAGGUCAGUACUAAAUAAAAAAUAACAUGCAUUUUGUAUGAUCCCUCUUAUUUUGGUAAACCAAUAAACAUUUAGCAAAUUCUGCAAGGUGUAUGUAAACUUUUGACUUCAACUGUAUGUCUGGUGUAAAAAUGAAAAUGAAUGUUAAAAUUAAGAAUAACAAGGGCUGUAAUAAAAAAACUUUCUUUAAAUGCUUUUAAAUUAUUUUAUCGGCAAAUCGGUUUUGAAAAUGGCCGAUACCGAUAUUCGGUCGACCCCUAACCGUGUGCCGUCCUGACGUGAGAAUCAGCGUCUGGGAUUAAUAAAUACCAGUACAAAUGUUUUCAUACAUCCUGAAAUGACGAAAAGCAAAACAUUUCUACACGCUAGCACAGAACGGGAAGAAAACAGCAUUCUGCAUAGCCAAGAAUUUUACAAAUACGACUAUUUGUGAAAAUAGAAAAAACACUAGUUACCACUAGACAAACAGAUUUUUUAAAGAUAUAUUCCUCUUUGAGACGUUCAGGAGUGAUUAUUUCAAUUAACGCUGAAAAACGUACCUCAAACACCCUCAACAUGAUCAUGUUGUUAAGGCCAUAUAAAGCACUGCCACAUUCUUUUUGAAUACCUAAGUGUUCAUUGUCUUAAAAAGCAAUAACUAAAUGAAUUUUUGCUCACUUUAUUUGUUACAGGGAGUAAAGCCAGAUUGUCUCUGCAUUACAUUAGAAACUUCUGCAUCCAUGUAGCAAUAGAUACUCGGUUUUAAGCGCUGAAUGUCUGAGAUCCUCAAGAAUUUAGUGCCAUUUUAAAGGUGUUGAUGGGUUAAAAAAUAAAACGUGAUUUAGAAAAACCUUUUUGAGCAAUGAUUAGCGUUGUAUAUUAAUAUAGACGAUAUAUAUUAAUAUA